CAAUUAGGCACCUAUAAUUCUUUUCUACAAUACUCACUUUAAAUUUCAGUAAAUCCUAAAAUAUACAAAAUCCAUAUAAAUAUUAUUUAUUUAGUUCGGAGCCUAAGUCCAGACUGCCGGAAGCUUAAGUCGAGGAUGUCGUUCACCCAACAUGGUCUCCACCGUUUGGCCGCUACGUCGAGCUGCGGUUCCCGGUUCUCCAGAGGCCAAGGGAGCAACACGUAGGGUGUGUCGGCGAGUAAAGAGCACAGCUCCUUUGGAGGGACUCAGCUGCGACCACUGGCGAUUCUGUGAGAAGGUUCCACGUCGCUCUGCAAUGAAGGCCGAUUGCCUCGGCAGUCCCGUGGGCCUGGUCUGCUCGAAUGCGACCAUAGCGAAUCCCAUGCGGGAGGCGGAGGCAACAGCUAUAAAUUUCGCCACCUACUUGAAAGCCUUCGCCUUGAUCUAUGUCCUGCCGGAGGUUGACUGGACUGCGGAGAAGAUCGACAUGUUGCUGCAGCAGGGUAUGGAACUAUUCCGUUGCAGUUCGGAAACGAGUCAGCCGAGCGAUGAUGAUCUGGGGAGAAACCAAUUGUUCGGGACCGGGAUUUAUACCAAAGCGGAGAUGCGCAUCAAAAGGAAUUUUAUUCUUGAAGGACACACCUUCACGAUGGCUCUGGAGUCUCGCUAUCUUGGUAUGGCGACCAGGCCGCACAUAAUCAAGAAUUUGAAGUGCGUUCUCCAGGCCUUCUUCAAGUCCAGACGCUAUUGCUUACUUCUCACCCGGGUGGGUCACCUGCUCAUAUGGCGGCGCAGAAAGGCGUUCUUUGUGCUGGACGUCAAGGGCAGACGGAGGGAUGACCUGCGGUGGGACAAGGACAAUGGCGUAGCCAUGCUAGUGUGCCUGAAGACCGUCGACAAUGUGGUUUACCUGGCCAGCCAUCUGAGUGGGAUUACGCCCACGGAUGCCUUUACCAUUCGCGAACUGGUGCUGGUGCGUCUAAGGACCCCAGAUGGGCGGAUUUUUAUGCGCGACUCCAGCUAUCGGUCUGUGGAAUUCAAGGUGGUGAGCAAGAGCUAUGCGUACCUGAAGGCCAAUCUCCACCUCUCUCUCGGCCAGGGUGGGACGGUGAAGAAUCGCAGCAGCCUAAUGGUGGCCGUGGGCUCAAUCCUGGCCAGCAAAAUCGAUCACCCGGCAAACUGGGAUACCAAUAUGCUGGAUCGUUUGAUUUGCUACGGCGUGGAGCUGUUCUCCAGCGGCUGGUCCGAUUGCUUGGAGGAGCUGCGACCCAUUAAGCUGGACACGUUUCCCACCCAAGUGAGACUGGGACAGUUCGUCGUGGAACUCGAGCUAAUGCCCGGUGUGAGAUUGGGUUAUUGGAAAUGCCUCGACAUCGUUAGCAUGGAUUUCGAGGUUAAUAUCAGGGAGGCCCUCGAGGGGUUCGGCAACGUGGUGUUCCAGAUAAACAAUCAGAUGUACGCAAUGUGGAUCAAAAAUGACUUUUACUACCUUCUCGAUCCCUAUCGGCACACCAUCGUCGGCACCCACGUGGAGGAGGACCAGUGCAAGGACGCCAAGUGGGCCACGCUUCGCAUGUUCCGCGACCGGCUGACCAUGCUCAGUGUGUUCCACCAAUUGCUCCAGCAAUCGAACGGGCAAUCGGCCUACUCUCUGCAUGCGGUGCGUAUACGUAAUAUCGCCGAGUGCCCCCAGGAUGUUGUUCCGUCUCCUUCACCCGAGGAUAUGGAUACCUGUGAUGUGGAGUCUAUAAAUGAACCCAUUUUGUUCAGCGACCAGCUAGGAGCGGUUGUGCAGGACUAUUGUCUGGCAGAGAUCAGCGACUGUGAAUGCGAAAUGGAGGAUGAUUCAGACAUAGACUGUGAAAUUGACCUUCAGGAAUUUCAAAUUUUGGGGGAGCGACAGUGUGCAGGAGCAGCAGAGAAUGAGAUACUGGGAACCCCCCUACGUUCUUGCACCUGCCUAUCCCAGAAAGCCCCUAUCCCCACGCAGGAAGUUUCCAAAUCCAGAACCAAGAGUCUAAAAAUCAAAAAGAAAAGCAAUAAAACUCAUAAAAUUGAGAAUCAGAGGCUUGAUAAGAAACUAAAAGAAAUAUUUAAGGAAAUGAAACAAUCGGUGGUCUCAGUUGAAGAGUCAAAGCACAGAUCUCAUAGUCGAGCGGCUAAAAAACCUGUGGAAUUAACCAGAAAACCAAAUACAAUAUAUGAAACUGAUUCGAAGAGGCAAAAAGGUGGCGCCAAGGCGUUAGCAAAAUCGGCUGCCACUUCCAAAGGAAGAUCCGAUUUCGCCAAGGAAUCUAAGGACAACUGGUGUUUAAAGGAUACAACUAUUAUACGAUUAGGCACCAAAGUGACAGCCUCAAAUUUGAUCUCGCAAAGGGAUGCCUGCAUCGGGGUUUCAAUGCCUAGUGAAGGAUACUCAUUUCCGGAGGACAAAUCCAUAACCAAGCCAAAAACUAUAUCCCCGCAGACAAGCAUUGGAGACAUCCUUACGCAAUACAUUGAAAAAUCCAAUCCGAAAACUGUUCCAUCAGAAACUGGCCGCCAAGCAGAUCAAGCUCCUCUCCAGAAAUCAAAUUCAGAGCUCCGCAAAGCAGGCCGGUGCAAUCCCUUGAAAAGUAGGGACUCCCUGACUCGGUAUCCGGGCUACAAUCGGGAGCCACAGCUCCUGGCCGUCGCUGGGUCCGAGAGUGGAACCGUGGAGAGCCUGAAUCGGCUGCUGGGCUCCGCUUUUAAGGUGGCCAACAGGGUGCUCACGAUGACGCCGUGGGGCAACUACGUAGUCUUCAAGCACUCUCCCGACUCCGAUCACGGAUCAGAGUCCACGUGGUUCUUUUUGUUCGAUGGCUGUACCUGCAACAUCGAUCGCUUCCGGCAUCUGGACCUCUCGAUCGGCACAGCCGGCUUACUUGCAUUUCGAAAGCUGUCGGAGGUGGUAUGCCACAUGAUCGAUUCCAGACGGAAAAAGGCAGUUAAUAUCCGGCAAAGCCGAUCGAGUGGGAAUGCCUGUGGCAAACAUUAAGUGCUUCAUUUUGUACGUCAAUAUUUAAGUAAUACAAAUUUUAAUAGUGUACCCUCAA